ACAUUCUUUCACUUUUCAUUUUUUUCUUCUAGAAAAAAAAAAAUGUCCUCUCUUUAUUUCUGCUACAAAUGCAAUCACACCGUCACCAUUACCGGCGAUCUAAUUUGCCCUACUUGUAACAGUGAUUUCGUUGAACAUCUCGAAAACCCUAACCCUAAUCCCCAACCCGAACCCGACCCGAUUUUCUCCUUACUAAGUAGCUUCCUCAUGUCAACCCAAAACCCUAACCCUAGACAACAUCCAAGCCCAUUCACUUUCGGGUCGGGUGAUUUUAACCCGUUUGAGUUUCUUCAAACCCAUUUAGCUAAUCGUAGAGCUAGUGGUGUUAACUUUGAAUUUGUAAUUGAAGGGGCUAAUAUGGGUAAUUUGGGUAACGUGGCUAAUUUUGGGGAUUAUUUUGUUGGGCCUGGAUUUGAGGAAUUGAUUCAACAUUUAGCGGAAAAUGACCCGAAUCGAUACGGGACACCACCGGCGUCGAAACGGGCUGUGGAAGGGCUACCGAACGUAAAAGUUGAUGAGGAAUUGUUACGUAGCGAAUUGGCGCAAUGUGCUGUUUGUAAGGAUGAUUUUGAGUUAGGUUUAGAUGUUAAACAGAUGCCUUGUAAACAUGUUUAUCAUGAGGAUUGUAUUUUACCGUGGCUCGAGUUGCAUAAUUCGUGUCCUGUUUGUCGGUAUGAGUUGCCUACCGAUGAUCCGGAUUAUGAGAAUAGGGAAAGACGUGAUGAUGGGGGCGGCUCGAGUGGAGGAAGUGGGGGAAGGUUUACUACGAUAUCUUUGCUGUGGCCUUUGGGGAGUUUUGGAUCGUCGUCGUCUAGCCAAGGAGGAUCAUCAAACUAGGUUAAAGGUUACUUGGCAUCCUUGCUUGCAGCUUGUAUCAUGCACGACAAAGUUGGAGAGUAGUUGGGUAGAUAAUGAAAAAGAAUGCUAGAAAGGUAAAGGGUUAUCUUAACGUAGAUACAGGGUUUACACAAACCUCAGAUAUUAAUACAAGAUUUUUGUCGGAACGUUUUGCUUCAGAGACGUCUGAAGUUCCCGUUUAUGCUCCAUCAUCGUGAAUACUGCGGAUUCUUUUGAUCUUUGUGCAGUUGACCUGACAUUAUUGUUUUGAUUGAUCUUUUUGCUGCUGGUUGUUGAAUUUCUUUACCAUA